CAGCGCGUUAAGCGAACAAUAGGGAUCCCAGAAGUGUUUCGGACGCGGUCGUGUUCGUAUACGGUUGCCGUAUGCUUUUUUUCUCGUGUUGCCUCGCGCGUACGUGUAGAAACAACUUAGCUGGACGUAUCGGAGGUGACGAUAGCUUUCGGACGAUGUGCGCGGUCAAGUGAUUACCUACGCGGAUUUUCUUCUCGACUCCGAGUGUGGCAACGAGAGAAGUGUCGUUCGUUCGUUCUCUGUCUGUCUUUCCCUUUAGUGUGUGCACCCGGCCCCCGAUGAGUGUGUGUUUGUCCGAUGUGUGUGGAUAAAAUUCACGGCAUCAUGCUGCCACGACGAAAAUUGGAUUACGCAUCGAUGGCGUGCCUCCUGCUGCCACUGUUCCUCGUCAUUUCGCUGCCCGUGGUGUCCGGUUUUGUGUCGUGCUCGCCUAGUCCAUGCAAGAACAGCGGAGUCUGCGUGUCGUCGCCGCGCGGCGAGUCGCAUUGCCAAUGCACGCCAAAAUAUGUGGGCGAAUACUGUCAGCAUCUGAAUCCGUGCCACACGGGCCCUCGCUGCCAGAACGGCGGUUCCUGCAGGGUUAAGGAAACCAUCGGCGGUGGCACACCCUCGUUCGCGUGUUCCUGUCCCGUCGGAUUUACCGCCAGCCUCUGCGAGAUACCGAUUGAGAACGCUUGCGACUCGGCGCCGUGUUUGAACGGUGCCACAUGCAAUCUAAAAUCCCUUCGCGAAUAUGUUUGCACCUGCGCCAUUGGAUUCACAGGGGAGCACUGCGAGCGACAAGACCACUGCGCCUCGUCGCCGUGUCGAAACGGGGCAGAGUGUCUGUCGCUCGAGGACAGCUACAAGUGCACGUGCGCACCGGGCUUUACGGGUCCGAAUUGCGCGGACGACAUCGACGAAUGCGACAGGAACCCGUGCAGACACGGCUCCUGCAAGAACACUCACGGAUCUUACAAAUGCAUGUGCUCGAGCGGAUACACUGGCCAGAAUUGCGAGAACGAGUAUAUUCCCUGCGACCCGUCGCCGUGUAAAAAUGGGGGCACGUGUCGUCCGACGAUCGAUGGUUUGGAUUACGAGUGCAGCUGCCUCGAGGGUUUUCGCGGCGAACAAUGCGAGGAGAACAUCGACGAUUGUCCGGGCAACCUGUGCCAAAACGGAGCUACGUGUAUGGACAGAAUAAACGAAUACUCGUGUCUCUGUCCACCGUCGUACACGGGCACCCAGUGCGAGAUGGACGUGGACGAGUGCUCGGUGCGGCCCUCGUUGUGCCACAACGGUGCCACGUGCACCAACUCGCCCGGUAGUUACUCGUGCAUAUGCGUGAACGGCUGGACCGGACCGGACUGCAGUGUCAACAUCGACGAUUGCGCGGGAGCCGCCUGUUUCAACGGCGCCACGUGCAUAGACCGCGUCGGCAGUUUCUACUGUCAGUGCACUUAUGGAAAGACUG